AGUAAAAAUAAGUUUGCUUUAAGUAAAAAGAGGAGGAGAGGAAUUACUAGCGGUAAGGAGGAAGUGCGGGCCAAGUGCAGCCGGAAAAUCUAGUGCAGCCUGCCAGUGGAUCAUGACGAACUUGCCCGCAGUGCGCCAGCAGCGAGAUGAGUGUGUACCACGAUGAGGUCGAAAUCGAGGAUUUCGAAUACGACGAGGAGGACGAGAUGUACUACUAUCCCUGUCCGUGCGGUGACCGGUUCCAGGUGAGCCGCGAGGAGCUGAUGGCCGGCGAAGAGGUAGCGACCUGUCCGAGCUGCUCCCUCAUCGUCAAGGUGAUAUACGAUCGCGAAGCGUUUGCCGCCGCACAGGAUGAGGCAGAGACCGUUCCCCAAAGCACGACCAGCGAACAGCAGCUGGGCAAAAACUAAUCCGCGGCGUUGUAUAAGUAGAGUGUAUUUAUUGUCGUAAGUUUGAGGACGAUGCGUCCCGAGGAUGUUGUACAAAUGCGGUGACGAUGGUAAAAUAAAACUGUACAGUCAAACGAGUUAAAAAAAAGAAACA